AUGCCGCAGCGGCUCGGCGGCCUCCGGAAAAGCUGGCCAUUUCAAAUCCACGUGUCCGACAUCAUCGUUUGUGUCAGUAAGGAGGGUGCCCUCAAUUUGUUCUUACGGACACCUUGUGGCGAACUGACAAUACACUGGAUGACACCAGCCGCGGUUCCCGAGAUCUGGAUGACGUUGCGCUUGGAGUAUGAGACCGGUAAUUGGCUUGGACGCGGAAAUCCGUAUGAUUAUCGGCGGAAUAAGAAUUGUAGGCGCGCGGGGGUUGACCGGCGUCACGUGGACGCGCAGAGAGUAUUAUCUUGCAUCAAUCGUUUGUUGUGUGGCAUUCGUUCACCUUCGAUCGCGAUUUAUGCCAAGCCCGAUAACGUCGAGUCGGGGGCCGUACCGUCUAUGCACUGCGACCGAGCCCGACAUUAUCCCCUAAGAGAGCUUCCAUUGCUCGCCGAUAUGAUGAAUUCGGCUCCGCUGAUGCUCUUCAACAAUUGGAGCGAUCCCGGCAGACGGACAUUACGGCGGCUGUUCAUCAUCCUCAAAAAGUUGAUGCAAUGGGCCAUGCAGGUGAAG